AUGUCUAAAAACGAUGAACACAUGAAAAAAUUAGAAUCAGAAGAAGAUGAUCAUGAUCAUAAUCAUCAAAAACAGCAGAACGAAAAGAAACAAUCUUCAUCAGCUAUUAAUGAACUUGUUGUUCAUUUCAAUAUUUCUCCAAAUAUUAGUCAAAUAAAUCAAUCUUAUUCAUCUAUAGAUUAUUGUCCUAUGAUGUCUGAUGGUGUAUUGGGAAAUGUUAAUAAUGAAAAAUUAUCUACAAGUCAUAAAUCAUUAUUUGAUUGUUAUUUAAAUCCAUCAGAAAAUAUUGAAACAAAAAGUGAUACAAGUUAUAUGCAAACAACAGUAAUACAAUCUCUAGUAGUUAAACUUCCGGUGAAAAUUAUUCAAAAAGAUAUUGAAAAGACAAGUGAUAAAUGA